AUAAACCCUCUAUAAAACAACACUCGAUUACUUGUUUUUUCUGCACAAACUUCUCCAUUCAACACUAUUUCUCUCUCUCGUAUGGCGAUGUUUUUCAAAGGAGAUAAAGUCGAAGUAUGCAGCAAGGAAGAAGGGUUCUUGGGUUCUUACUACCAAGCUAAGAUAUUAUCCCCGUUGAACGACAAUACUCUUUAUAGAGUGCAGUACAAGAACCUGGUUGAAGAAGAAGAUCAGACUCGGCCUCUGGUUGAGAUAGUUUCAGCCGACGAGGUCCGACCAGUGCCACCUCCAGUAACCUUCACAAAAGCUACUCAGGUUUUCCAUUAUCUGGACUCGGUGGAUGCUUUCGACAACGAUGGUUGGUGGGUGGGGAAGAUCACUGGGAGACAGGGAUCUAAAUAUUGGGUUUAUUUUGAAACUACCAGAGACGAGAUUGCUUACCCCGUUUCUCGAUUGAGACAUCAUCUUGAAUGGCGCGAUGGCCACUGGAUUCUUGCCAACAACACCUUCUUCUGAUAUUCAUCGCUGUUUCUUCAUGGAUUCUGUUUUUCUUUUAGUGUCUAUUUGAUGUAAGGACCUGUUCUCAAUUUCCUCUAUGAAUUAACUCUUGCUUCGGCACCAAGCAAUCAGCAACUUAAUUAAGGAGAAAAGCUGAUGUACUGUUUCAACUUAAUUUUCAUUAAUACCAAUUUUAUUUUACUUAUAAUUAAAAUCAACAAGCACAAUGGCACACAUUAUUAUUUUUGCGAAGAGCAUCCCUACAAAACUGUGGUGUUGUACAGAAAUAUUUAAAGCAGCUGCCAUCAGGGGCUUCAUCGUCUUUCCCAUGCUCACAUGCACCACGGAUGAGGAUGAUUGUUUAAUUUUCCUCCAUAAUUGUAA